CUUCGAACGCAAGAGGGACUACACUCUCACAUUCGCCCGAGAGAGAGAGAGAGAGAGAGAGAGAGAGAGAGAGAGGAGGCGGCUUCCAACGGUCCUUUGUGGCAACAAGUCGAGAAAAGAGGCCAUGAAUAAUUUUUUCCUGCUUCUUUAAAAUUUUGGAGGCUUUCCCGAAUUUUCUCACCUUUUCCCGCAUUUUCUCACCUUUUCCCGAGCUCUCUCAACUGCCGAACGAAAAGGGGGCUUCGGAUCUUUAACCUUGCCCGCACCCUAUAGAUCAUCAAACAAGUAUAUUGGUUCAAACAGUUACAAAAGGUUGGGGCAUUUUCCGGUUCGGAUCAAAAUCUAAGUUCGGGUAGUGGGAUAUUGGUUCUCGGGUUAAGCUCGGGUUUGGUUCAAAUCUAAUUCGGUCCUGAUUCGCUCGGAUCCAGGUCAAGUUAAAACCCGGAUCUGGUUCAACACAAAUUUUAAACGGGUUUGGCUCGAAUCUAUAUGGGUCGGGGUACGUCCGCAGAACAGUCUCUCCUUUCUCUUUCUCUCAACUAAACGCAUCGCCGCACGGCUGCCCGGAGCUUGCCGCAGCUCCACCGAACAGCCACCACCAUCGCUCUCUCCCCUUUCUAUCGUUCAACAGCGGCCUAGCCGCUGCUCUGCUGCCCUAUCGCCGGCGUCUGCUUGGCGGCAUCUCCGCUGUGCGCCGCCUCCAGUGCCUUGCUUCGGCCUCCACACUACCAUCUUUCUUCGUCACAGUUCGUUCUGUGGAGGCACAAGAGAUGAAGAGAUGACAGUUCUGAAGAGGUAUGUCCUGAGGUUGUUCAUAUCCUUGAAGUACAUUACGGCAAAUGUUGUAGACAGGAACAAUGGGCGGAUUGUUGCCACGGCAUCUACAGUUGAACAUUCGCUGAAGAGUUCGCUCGAGUGUGGCAGAACCUGCAAUUCAAAGGCAGCAAGUGUUGUGGGAGAGGUGCUGGCCAUGCGACUUAAGGUGGAGGGUCUUGAACAGGGACAGGGAAGGGGAAUUCAUGUUGAUGUGAACAAGGAGGUUGAGAAGAAGGGCUUUAAGAGCAGCACCAAGGUUUGGGCUAUCGUCAAUGCCCUUAAGAACAGUGGAGUUAAGGUCAUUCUAGAUGACAAUGAUGAUGGCACUUCUAGACAAAAUCAGUAAGUUUCCCUCACUCUUUUGGACACUGAUGACGACUUCUGUGUUGUAUUUUUAUUCAAAUCCAUUCCAGUUACAUGUCUCAAUCUUGUUUAGGCUUUGUUCAUCCUAGCAGACAAAUUUUGACCCUUGUCAUGGUGAAUCCAAUUGGAUUACCUUUCAUUUGAUCUGAAUAACAGAGUCUAGCUGUUGUGUGGCUCAUUUACUUCCUAAAA